GUGAACCUCGACCUGCAUUUGUGAAACGGCAAAGACUCACUAAUACUCACUAAUACUCACUAUUAUCAAGGAGAUUGAAGAGACGACUAAAAAUGAGAUGUGUCAUAUACCUUUGCCAUUUUGUAGUCAAGAUGUCCAGCCACUUGAAAAUAGGUGUAGUAAUGACAAAGCUAUCCAAGUAGCUCGAGCACAGGAACACAAAGGCAAGGCAAGUGUGUAUUGCCACAUCACCCCUUAAUAUAUCUGAAGCAAGUACAAGUAAACAAUCAGAUCCAGCAAAAAGAAAACUGUUGUUCCUGAGGACAAAUUUGACAGUGAUGAGUCAAAUGCACCAGCAACAGAAGGAUCAGCUGUUGACUAUGAGUUAUCUCUCUAUAUCUCCACUCCAUCAAAGACUUGUGCACUUCAGACUAUAGGUCUCAAGAAGACUACAAAAGUUGAAAAAAUGAAUCUGUUAACAACUUUAUCUAAAGUGAAAAAUAAACCACGUUUUUUUAUAUAUUGGACUUCCACAAGAAUUAUAUUUCAUAAUAGGCUUGAUUGAGAAACAUACAAAUGUUUCUGAACAAAAUAUUAUAUUAUGUUUGAUGAGAAUAAAAUUAAAUAGAACAUUCUCUCAAUUGGCUGAUGAUUUUGAUUUAUCUGUAAAUCAAGCAAGCAAUAUAUUUUUUAACAAACUCCCAGAAAUUAUCCCAGAAUUAGAAAUUAACAAACACCCCUUGUUAAAAAAAACAAUACAAUAUAUAUAUUAUAUGCAGGAAGGAUAAUUUAUGUCAACUUGGUGGAAAAUAGAAAGUUUUUAGACAGUUUGCCACCUACAAGACGCUCUAAUUUUAAAUAAGUAAUCCUUAGUAGGAAUUUUUGUAAGUAUUUUCACUCUUCAUUCAAAAACAACUGAACAGAUUUUAAUAAAACUUCUAUGCUGUCUUCUAUGGCUAGCGACUCAUUAUUAUUUUGAUUCUGUUUUCCACAAAUUUGCCAAAUAUGGGUUUGGGGAAUAUAUACGACAAAGAGAAGAUCUUCCACCGAGCGGAUGAUAUUGCUCGGUAGACCGACGGUCCGAAUGUUGUUGUUCGGAACUUGUAUAUAUGCGCUUUAUCUUGAAAAUGUCGUAAGCGAGAUUCAGGCAUCUGUCAAUUAUCUUGCGUUGUAUGAUGGCUACCCGCCACAUCACUCCCCUCCGAGACCGGAGGUCGUGUCAUUUUAGUUAUCGUUGUCCGUGCUGAGAUUAGCUUGCAAGUGCCAGUGCUGCUCGAAGUUUGCGGUGAGUCGAAACUGAGCUUGAAUGCUGCGUGAUUGUCGCCAGUGCUGCUCGAAGUCUGCGGUGAGUCGAGACUGAGCUUGAAUGCUGCGCGAUGAGGCAGUGUAGGUGCGUGCCGUAGGGCCAGGAAGCGCGGUGAGUCGGCUGCGAUGGUCUUGUUGAGGCUGCGAUGCUGGCUUGCUGCGGGACGACUGUCAAUGACGUGCUUUUAUCUGCGAGAAUGCGGGGAUUGUGGUAGCCAAAGUUCUUGAUGCGCUGAUGAUGAAUCAGAAGGUUGCGUGUUCACAUCACGUCGGGAUCACCAGUUAAGGGAGUUUACGACGAAAGGAAAGAUCUUCCACCGAGCGGAUGAUAUUGCUCGGUAGACCGACGGUCCGAAUGUUGUUGUUCGGAACUUGUAUAUAUGCGCUUCAUCUUGAAAAUGUCGUAAGCGAGAUUCAGGCAUCUGUCAAUUAUCUUGCGUUGUAUGAUGGCUACCCGCCACAUGGGCUUAUAUUAUAUAUGAAAAGGAAUAAAGAUUAAUGUUAUGUAGCCUUUGUACCUGUAAGUUACGAAUAAUUUUUAAAUAAAACAUAUUGAAAUUGAAAUAUUAUUUUUAUUAAGUCACAUUCACUUUGCGCACAUCAAUAUUUUGUACUCCCUAAAAGGAAAAUAGGUAUAUAGAUUUUUUUAAGAAUUUAACAUUUCGUGACGUCUACUGUGUAGCGUACCUUCAUCAUGGAAUGAAACAACACUAAGGUGAUGGAGUUCAUUGAACUCCUGCAAAAUGAAUCGACCAUAUGGGACCCUCAAAAGAAAUCCUAACAACAGAAUGGGCGUUAAUGACGCCUGCGUUCCAAUUAAACUCUUUUUCUCUUCAAUGUUCUAUUAACGAAUUAAAAACGAAGAGAAAUUCGGAAGACAUUCGUAAACAAGUGUAGGAGGAAGCGCAAACGGGUUCGCAAAUUGAAUACCGAACCCAUUUGCACAGCCGCUAUGUUUGCGAAUGAAUAUCUGACGGCCCUUCACAUGCGCGCGAACAUUCGGACAAUGUAAAAAUGUUCGCGCGCAUGUGAGUGGCCGGCAUUGGAAUAAUAAAUUUUUAGAAGAAGAUUAAUUAAUAUUUAUUGAAAUUAAUAUUAAUUUAAAUUAUCGUGCGAUAUUUGUGGUCAAAACAUAUAUGUGUAUUUUAUAAAUAAAUAUCUAUUCUCAGUAUUAAUGUUGUUUUAAUCUUUGAUUGAAAAAUUGGUUCUUAAUGAAUUUAGUUGGAGCUAAACGCUGCUUGGAGCUUAAUAUUUUCGAAUAACUUAAACACGUGACUUUAAGCAUAAACAUAUUUUUUAGGUAAAUACUUUAUUUAGCUUUGCUGGAUUUAUCCAAGAUUUCGACAUAUCAAAAUUUCAUACAGGAAACACAGAGAUAGAUAGAUAGCUGAUUAGAUACCCCCUUGAGAAUUGAGCUUCGAAGAAAAGUUUAUUCUUAUGCCGGUCACUCACAUGCGCGCAUACAUUCGUACAAUGUAAUUGUUCUGUUUGUAACUGUUACGUAAAAGUAACAAAUGUUAUUUGCCAUACUUUUUUUUUUGUUUUCUUUUGUAACAGUAUUUAUGGCCAGACUAAGUAUAUAAACAUUAUUUGUAAAAAUAAAGGCAGUCUUGAACCAUCCUCCGUGUCGUUCACUUGCUUUUUAAAAACCCUCUCGCCCCUGCCCGUUACCUAACUGGCGCAGUCGGUAACUCGUGUAAAAUUGGUACGGUUCUGAAGAAUCAUUCUGAAGCAUCGUCUCUGCAUCCUCGAGCAAAGGACCUGCAGCGGGCAGCAUACGGCAGUAGAAGCAGAGAGGUCCAGCAACUUCUUUCCACUUAUUUCCCGAGAAAAACCUCCCUUUAUCCCACAUUUCAGACACUAAUAGACCGUCUGGGUACUUGUCCUGUACAGUGGUGAAUCUUCGAUAGAAUCCUUGUACGUAAUUACAGUCACUUAUUAAUAUAGCAAGCGGCAGUAAGGCAGGCAAUGAAUCGUUAGUCGAAGAGAAGAUUGCAAUCGAAAUUGCAAACCCUACUUUAUCAAUGCUAUUGCCUACGUAUGAUGGUAAUAGAAAAACACUUAGUUUCUAUAUCGAAGGUGUAAAGAAUACACUCGAUCUUAUAGCAAGCAAAACGGAUUUUAGCAUAGCAUGCUUAAUCCGAAACAAAUGAACGGGUAAAGCCGUUGAAGCACUGCCGCAGAGCGGCGGCGCAAAAACAUGGCCUGAAAUUAAGGCUACACUUAUAAAAAGGUUCGGUGAAUUCCGAACGGAAAUACAGUUAGUCCAGGAGCUCAUGACGUCUUGUAAAAUAUUUAUUACCCCAGGAGGGUACCUCCCGCUCCGCGGGGGGAGAAUCCCUCCGUGCGGUCGAGCGAUCGGCCGGGGGGGGGGGGGGCAAACAAUGCCAAGACGUAGGGGGCGACAACACGGGUCGCGUAAGGGGACAGAGUCCCAACCGUGCUACUCGAGCGCUGCGAGAGUUUGAUCUCGCUCCGCUCGGCGCGGAGCUCCGCGAGGGGCGACGCGUCCAGUGGGAGGGAGACACCGGCGCUGUUUGCCGAUUGCGUUCGGCAGCGGACUCGGCGGAAGCGGAAGUCGGCUCGUCGGCCGGCGUCCUCCGCUCCGUCCGACUCCUCGGAGGGUGAGCCUGCCAGCGCCAAAUAUAUGGCGUUGGCGGAAGGGCCGGCGACUGCUGCGGCGUCGCCCGCCACUAAUCGUGACAAGGAAAAGUCGUCUCGCGGACUGGACGCUGCCUCCUCGGCGCAGUCCAGGGCCGCCUGCCGUGAGGCACACAAGAAGGCAACAGUUGGAGAGGUCGAGCGACUGGAGCGCUCCCUGACAGAGGUGGGUCCCCAUGACCCCCUCCGUAGAUAUGGCAUCAACCAAAAGAUUGUAUCUACGGUGGCGACGAAGUCGAGUGCAGGCCUAAAGGGCGACUACGUGCGGGCCCUAAAAUCGGCCGCCUCCUCCAUGGAGGAAGUAAUGGUGGAGGUGUUGGAGCCCACCAAGGAUAGGGAGACGGAAGGUCUGCGCAAAUCGGUGGACCUGCUGCACGCCCGACUGGCCCAAAUCAGCGCGGAGAACGGGCAGAUGAAGGUGGACUUGGCCGAGUUGCGCACACUGGUCAACGACCUAGUCGAGAAGCAGUGCAACUCGGUCCCUGUACCUACUCCGCUCGAGACCGAAGAGACCAAUGAGAUCGAGGAGUUAAGGCGGCAGCUUCUGAUACAGGAGGCAAGAAGCUCCAAGGUGGAGCGUGCAAGCCCGACCCUCGCUCACGAGGCGAAAGAUGGUGCCCCUGUGCCGGCACCUCGAAAGACCAAGGGAGCGGCUACUGUUAAGACAUACGCGGGACCGAAGAAAGCUGCGACACCCGCGACAUGGUCAGCCACUUCUGCCGCUGUUCCGGCCGGGGCUCGUACAACCGGAGCCUCUAUGUCUGCAGCUGCGGGAGCAACAAGAUCCGCCCCCCAAAAGAAACCGGCGUCUACUCCUACCCCGUCCCAGCCUGCGAAGGUGGGGCCUGGCAGGAGCCGAGAAACAAUGACGCCAAAUCGGCCCAUGUAGGUUGUAGUGUUGACCGCGGUAACCCCCCUACCUCAUCCCCCCUACCUCAUCCGGGUUCUGGCCUCAGAGGGGAUCUGACGUCGGCUGUAAGUGUGCAGGGGAGUCGUUUAGUAGGUAGGCCCUAAAAUUCCUUGGGCCCGCGGUCUGUUCGCAACACCAUGCAGAUCGUUGAGUCUCAUAUACCACGCGCGCUCCUUAUGCGCGGGGACCUCGUAGGAGGUUCGGCCCCCGGCCCGAAAAAAAAUGUCACACUCUAACCAAUAAAGGAAUUAAGCCAAACGAAGAUAAAAUAGAGGCAGUAAGGAAAUUCCCCUUACCCAAAAAAUACCCUAUAAUGGAAAUUCCCCUUAAUAAAAAAAAAAUGUGUGCGUGUACUAGUGUACACACGUAAGAAGUGAAACUUGUUUAUGGCCUUAUUUUUCGAAAAAUGAUCUACAUGCAACUUUCUAGAAAUUGGUUAAAUAAAGUUAAAUUAGAUAAAGUUUAAACAAAAGGAUUUUAUUAUCAUAGACAUGAAUACAAAUAAUACAAUUAUUUCACUUUACCUUUUUGCUACUAAGAUUAUUACAGCAUUUUAAUAAUACAUCUCUUUGAUAUCAUAAUACCCUGGUACUUUUCUUCCUAUAAAUUAAUAAUAAUAGCACGGUCCACGUGGUGUUAAAUGGGGUUCCUGAGGUUCGUGAAGUUUGACCCACCUUGAGACAUGAGGUCGAUUUCUCAAAUCCGAAACCAUGCUUCAGAACAUACCGCCGUUAAUUAUUAAUAAAUCUCUUUGCUAUCAUAAUACCCUGGUACUUUUCUUCCUAUUAUUUUACGUAAUAACAGUAAUAAAUAGCACGGUCCACGUGAUAUUAUUAAGUGGGCUCCCUGAGAUUAUUGGAAUUACAAAAUGAUUUCCGUAAUCCACCUGGAGACAUGAGGUCAAUUUCUCAAAUCGGAAUCCAUACUUCAGAACAUACAGCCGUUAAUUAAUAAAGAAGGCUGUACGUCAGAGUAAAGUUAUAAUAAUACAUCUCUUUGAUAUCAUAAUACCCUGGUACUUUUCUUCCUAUUAUUUUACGUAAUAACAAUAAUAGCACGGUCCACGUGAUAUUAAGUGGGUUACCUGGGAUUAUUGCAAUUACAAAAUGUAUUCCGUGACCCACCUUGAGACAUGAGGUCGGUUUCUCAAAUGCGCAUCCAUACUUCAGAACAUACAGCCGUUAAUUAAAAGAUGGCGCGUAACGGAAAAAUGUGACGCGUAACCGAAAAAUGUGACGGUAAAUUUUUUUCCAACGCCGAUAAGGAAGUUUCACUUCAAAAAUUACGCUCAAAGUAUAGAAAAGAGUGGGAAUCACUAGACGAAUUCCAAACCAGCUAGGUUUGGAAUUCGUCUAAACCUUUAACUGGAAAUGACACGAAAGCGUUUUGUUCAUUUUGUAAAACAGAAUUAUUAGCAAAAUUAGUAGACUUGAGAAGACAUGCUGAAACAAAAAAAAACACAAAUAAACAUUUAAAUCAUAUCCGGUAAUUAAACGAUAAAAUUUACGCCUGGAGAAAAGGUUUCAAACCAAAAGUCUCGAAAAGCUGAAGGAAUGCUAGCUCUCUACAUUACAGAACAUAGUUCAGUAUCGUGUAUUGAUCAUCUAACAGAUUUAGUAAAAUCGGCUUUGCCUGAUUCCAAAGCAACGGAUGACUGCAUCGUACUGGAAAAUGCAUCGUACUAAGUGCACUGAAGGUAUUAAAAUUUACUUAGCGCUGCACAUUUUGUUCAAGAAUUAAGAAAAUAUAUAGGACAGCAGAAAUACAGUCUCAUCGUUGACGAAUCAACUGACUUCAAUACGAGCAAGCAACUUGGUAUUGUCAUCAGGUAUAUCAGGUAAAAAUCAGUAUCAAGAAAUUUACGAAACUAUAAAUUGGUGUGAAGCACCGUUGAAGAUUUUGCAGGUAUAUGAAACACGCUGGUUAUCCAUUGAACCAGCAAUUCAAAGAAUUCUGGCACAAUGGAAAGAACUGUCUGGAACUGUGUGGAAAGUCCCCUCGUCUGUUGAGCGUCCGGAUUCCGGUUGCAACACGAUUUGUGCCGAACUGUUGAGCCGCCGGAUUGCGGUUGCGAAUAGUCCGAAAUUUGGACUCUUAAUGUUUUAUUCUUUCUGACACAUUUAAAACUACCUAAUGAAUGGAUCUUCUCUCUCACACAUAAUUUUCGACAAAAUAACUGACCGCGGCUGUGUGAAUCAGUGUAAAAUUCGAGCUUCGAGCGGUCGGACGUGUUACUAAAUUUCGGUUAUAUUUAACGGUUUUGUGAAUUUUUUCGUUGGAGAAAAAUGGAAUCGUAAGUAUUAAUUCAUUAUAUUUUAUUAACAUGGAGUAAAUGUUAUUUGCAUUUUAUGACAAAAACCGUUUUUGGAGCCACGGUACGUGAAGGUCACGCCAUUUUUUGAACCUAACGGUCGUUUUUAGAGGGUCUUAGUGGGAAACACAUUACUGCUUCACGGCAGAAACAGGAGGGGCGGUAGUACCUACCCGUGCGGACUCACAAGAGGUCCUACCACCAGUAAUACUUUUUUAUUUCCAGUCAACGUGAGGCAGCCCGUGGCCGAGGUAGAGGUGGCCGUGGUGGCGGUCGACGUGUCCGAACGCGUGGUGGUAGUCGCCACCAAGCCCGGUCUUUGGCCUCUGAAUCACUUCAAUCAAUGGCUAUUGAAGAGUUGCCACCCGGCCAACCACAGGAGAACCCACGGCACCCUAAGAGGGUAAGGGUGCUCCCUUCUAAGGUCACGAAACACCCAGGAUCGGAAUUGUGGAGACCGGGCCUCCCGACUUCGGACCUGGAUGUUUCGGUGCCAUCACCUGCCCUAUACUUAGAAUGUGGGCCUGGGAGUAGCCGGGCCAGCACCCGGUUACGGAGCGGCCCGGCACUAGCGGGUCAGCAUCCCGGUCACGGAGCGGCCCGGCACUAGCGGGGCCAGCACCCAGGCCACCGAGCGGCCUGUUAUCCCUUCAUCCUCUCGACCUCCUCGUCCUCUUCGCGAAGACGAAAUUAUGGCUCUGCUGAAUUACGGCAGCGAAGAGGAUUCUGAGGGAGAGGACGAAGAAAUUCUGCAGCCGUCGCUGGUUCCCGGUCGACCAGGAUGUGGCUGGACGAAGAGGAUGAGGAAGUUGUACAAGAAAGCGGAGAGGCUUAGUAUUAAUUUGGAGUGGCCUCAACCUCUUCGUCCAUCCACGUCUGCUCCAAUAGCCGUCUCACCGACGUCCACAUUAGAACCUACGGAUAAAUUUAAGUUCGAAUGGAGAAAUAUCUCGAUGCCUCAAAUAGAUCCUCAUUUAAGGCGAGAAUUUUUCUCCGAAAUUAGUGGUCCAUCGGUUUCUUUCGCGACUCCGUAAGACGCAUUUAUUGCCAUAUGGGGUCGUGAAAUUAUGCAAGUGAUAGUCACGGAAACCAUCAUUUACGCAGAGCAGCUGGCAACGGUCCGCGUUUUCGAAAAUUAACAAGGAUGAUAAAGAAUCACCGAGAAGGACGCGACAUCUUUUAUUUAUCAACGAAUUCACGGUUAAUAACAUAUUAGCGGAAAAGAUAAUAUUGUAGCCGACACAUUAUCCCGCAUAGAAACAAUUAUGUGCCCGACGGUACUCGACUUCGAUGCACUUGCUGACGCGCAAGUAAAAGACGAGUACUUGUCGAGAAUGACACAAUGUUCUGAUAGCAAAAUAUCAAGUUAAAACAAGUACUGUUACCAACGUGUAAUAAUCAUAUUUAUUGCGAGACAUCAACAGAUGUAAUGCGACCAUAUUUGUCUAAAGAUUUCAGAAAAAUCGCUUUUAACAGUUUCCAUGGGUUAAGCCAUCCCGGGAUACGUGCAACGCGUAAGAUGGUUUCCAAAAAACUUUUUUGGCCUGGUAUGAAUACAGAUAUAGGUCCUUGGGCUAAGGCAUGUAUACAAUGUCAGAGAUCGAAGGCCAAUCGGCACGUCAUUUCAGAGUUAGGAAAAUUUCCUGAGGUCUCAGGUUUUGAACAUAUCCAGAUGCAGAUAUCGUUGGUCCAUUGCCAGCAUCUACGCAGGGAUAUAGGUAUUUAGUUACGACUAUAGAUAGAAGCACGCGUUGGCCGGAAGCUUUCCCCGUUAAAGAGAUAACUGCAGAUGUUGUUGCUAAGUGCAUAUAUGACGGAUGGAUUGUAAGAUAUGGUUGCCCCGUACGCAUUAAUACCGAUCAAGGAAGACAAUUUGAGUCUACUCUGUUUUCAAAAUUAAUGAAAUUUAUAGGCGUUCACAGGAUUCGUACCACGCCAUACCACCCUCAGAGUAACGGUGCCAUUGAGAGAUGGCAUAGGUCAUUGAAGGCAGCCCUCAUGACCCGAUUGCACGAUAGUCCUACUUGGGUAGAAUAAUUACCUACCAUAUUAUUAGGACUGCGCGCCGCGGUACGAACUGAUAGUGAGGUGCCACAGAAUUAACUUUCGGUAAAACUUUACGUUUACCCGGUGAAUUCUAUGAUAGUACAAAAGAACCAGACUCAAACGAUAUAGUUUAUCACAAAAGAUCCGAUAAGUAAUUUCAAAAUAUCGUCCUACUAGAGAUAGGUUAAGUGCUAAGAAAAUUUUUGUUUACUCAGAUUUACAAAACUGUAAUUUCGUGUUCGUAAGAGACGACACGCCUCAUAAGUCUCUGAAGCCGCCCUAUGAUGGUCCAUAUAGUUUUGGAGAGAGGUCCAAAAGUAUACAAAAUUCGUUUGCCAGAACCCGAAGCUUCUAUUUUGAUAGAUAGAUUGAAACCAGAUUUCUUAAUAAACAAUUACGAGUCGCCUUUUAAUAACCAGAAUUUGCAAGAUACCGAAGAUAGGCAUAUCUCUAAGUUACUGGAAUCGGCACAACAAACGUCGAAUCAGCAGCACGUUACUAGGAGCGGUCGCGUAAUACAACACGUGCGAUUCCAGCUAUAGCUAAGUCGCACGCUGAUUACGUAAUUUAAAUAGAGUCUCGUGUGAAUAUUACAUGACGAAUAUAAUCUACGAAAUAUUUUUCAAUACAUA